GUCGCCGCGGUGGCUCCCAUUCGAAGGCGACGGCGGUCGUCUAUAUUUCGGUUCUAAUCUGUCCUGAAAAAAGAGAAAUAACUCCGAAGAGACAGUGAUUUUGACACACUCUUACGUCGAGAUUUUUUUCAAGUUCUUCUCGGUCGAGCUAGCGGCAGGGCUCUGGAAUGACGGGGUGUGCCGAGAAUUUGAAUUAGCUCGUCUUUAGUUUGAAGAAAGAGUGAGUCGGGGUAGAGAGAGAGAGAGGAGCCAUUUUGUCCCGACUGUGUGGGAGAAAAGAAAGAGUGGAAAAGAGGAAUCACACGGGAGGAGAUCCUAUUUUUGCUUUCUGUUCUCAUGCUGUAAAGGGGGAAACAGUCCGGCUUGGGAAUACAUAACUUCUCGGACACGUCUACGGACACGUUAAUCGGGUGGUAUUUAGCCAACUAGCUUGCCAAGCUAAUCAACAAAUCCCAGAUUGUUAACCGUUAACAGUCAGGAGAAGCGGGGUAGUUGGUCAGGUUGGCUAAGGAGCUGGCUUUAGGCUUCACAUAGGCGUGCUAGGUUACCAUUUUUUUGUUUUUGUAUCUUGUCUGGUUGUUCACAAGCUGCUUUUCAAUGGCGAAGAAGACGUACGACUUGCUGUUCAAGCUGCUUCUGAUCGGAGACUCGGGCGUGGGGAAGACCUGUGUGCUGUUCCGCUUCUCAGACGACGCCUUCAACACAACCUUCAUCUCCACCAUAGGAAUAGACUUCAAGAUCAAAACUGUUGAAUUACAAGGAAAGAAGAUCAAACUACAGAUCUGGGACACAGCGGGCCAGGAACGAUUCCACACCAUCACCACCUCUUACUACAGAGGAGCCAUGGGCAUCAUGCUGGUCUACGACAUCACCAAUGCCAAGAGCUUUGAAAACAUCAGCAAAUGGCUGCGCAACAUUGAUGAGCACGCAAAUGAGGACGUGGAGAGGAUGCUGCUAGGCAACAAGUGUGACAUGGAGGACAAGAGGGUCGUACCAAAAGCCAAGGGAGAGCAGAUUGCGAGGGAGCAUGGCAUUAGGUUUUUUGAGACAAGUGCUAAGGCCAACAUCAACAUUGAGAAGGCUUUCCUCACGUUAGCAGAAGACAUCCUGAGAAAGACGCCUGUAAAAGAGCCCAACAGUGAAAACGUCGACAUCAGCGGAGGAAGUGGAGUCCCAGGCUGGAAGAGCAAGUGCUGCAGUUGAACUACUCCUCUGUUUCACUCACACUAACGCACACAAACACACAGACACACUCAGACACUCUCUCUCUUUAACGGCUAACUCUAACUCUCUCGCUCUCUAACCUGUCUCAUGAGUUUUCUUGCACACUGACACUCUCUGUCUGUCUCUUUAUCAGAAUAAAAACAAUAAACCACUUCACCUGUCUAACCCCCCCCCCUUUUCCCCACCAUGAUCUCCCACUCCUCCCAUCUGAUGAUCAUUUUUAUUUCUGAUAAAAAGAGAAAUCCA